AUGGCAAUCUGUAUCACUUUUGGCACACAUGAGUUCACCUCCAUGUUGGAGGGCUACGAGAAUGUCCGAGCUUACUGCUAUAACUGCCAACACUGGAAUGGCCACUGUCUAACGCGAUGGCCCUUUUUCACUAUAUGCUUCAUUCCCCUGAUCCCUCUUUCUACCCACAAGUACAAGGAAGUCACAUGCUACACUUGUCGCUUUACUCAAGAUCUUCGGGAUCGACCGGAUAUCACUCCGGAGACUCGACCGCCGCCUCACAUGCAGUACGGGCCCCAGCCUCCGCCCGGGGCCCAGUGGCAGCAGCAGCAACAGCAGCCUCAGUUGCAACCGCCCCCUGUGGCUCAUGGAGCCAAGCCGUCGCAUGAGACUUACCAGUGA